UCGAGUCGGUCAAUUGAUCAAACUAUGUAUAGGGGCAGCCGGGCCGUAUUAGCAAGCGUGACGUGCCGGACUGACCCAACACGUCUUCCUUUUCUGGCAACAGAAGAUGAGAUGUACAAGCAAGACCAGUGGUUUCAGUAGCACUACCGAGCUCGCAUAAGCUCUUUUUUCUUUUCACCAAUGGAAUCCAUGGGUUGAGUCUUGGAAUUCAUUCAUUUACCGGCAUCGGAGGGAGAAGCGGAGUCGGGAGCGGGAGGGAGUAAAUGACAGAAAGAGUAGAGAUGAAUAUGGGGACUCUAGCUCCGACCAUGUCAACUAUGAUGCUCUCGCUGCUGCCAGUCCUUCCACCAGUGAAUGCUGGCACGCGCUACUUCCCGAACCUCCCUGUCUAGGUCCUGCCGAAAAAGACUGCAAAUGAUUGACCAUCCAUCCCACUCAUAUAGGUACGUGAUCGGAUCGGGAAAUGGAUCUAACCGCGCGAAAUGGUCGCCUCGGAAUACAGGGCGCAACGGAACCAAGGCUUUGAAAAAGGCGCGAAGCGUUGUUGGCGUGUUGCGUCACAAGGGCAAGAUGAAAGGCGGGGGGCUCCAAUUCCAUUCGAAGUAACGUAACAGGAUUCGUUCAUGCACAAUCUUCUCGGGAUCCUGAGUUUUUCGAGCAAAGGUCCCAUCCUUCAAUAUCAUGAUUGGGUCGACCAGGCCAGAUCAUAAGUGAAAUAAAAUGAUCGGGUCGACCAGGUCAGGCCCGAUCAUGAGUGAAUAGAAAAUAGAAAACGUACAUUGCUGUUCCAGCGGAAAUACUUGGAAUCAUUCUACCACUUUUACUAGGAGUAGCCUUUUUAGUGCUAGCUGAACGUAAAGUAAUGGCUUUUGUGCAACGUCGAAAGGGUCCUGAUGUAGUAGGAUCGUUUGGAUUGUUACAACCUAUAGCAGAUGGUUUGAAAUUGAUUCUAAAAGAACCUAUUUCACCAAGUAGUGCUAAUUUCUCCCUUUUUAGAAUGGCUCCAGUGGCUACAUUUAUGUUAAGUCUGGUCGCUCGGGCCGUUGUACCUUUUGAUUAUGGUAUGGUAUUGUCAGAUCCGAACAUAGGGCUACUUUAUUUGUUUGCCAUAUCUUCGCUAGGUGUUUAUGGAAUUAUUAUAGCGGGUCGGUCUAGUAAUUAGGGGGCGGCCGUUCGGUCGCCUAUGAUAGAAGGACCAAUGGGUCAAAAAUAGGUUUGUGCCGCAGGUGUUGAACGAUCUACUCUACACAGGUGUGGGCUUACAGGGCUAGGGCUCAUAAACCCUUUCAUUCAUAAAGAGGCCCCUGGUCGGUAACUUUUCCGGGCCGGCGGGAUCGAGAAGUGGAAGUCAUAAAAAA